GCCCGGACACCCGGCUCCCGUCCCAGCCUGAGCCCGCCUCCCAGGCGACCCUCAGACCGGCUGGGCCGCGCGGGCCCCCGCCCGGGAGCACCAUGUUCCCUCGCCCGCUGACCCCGCUGGCGGCCCCAAAUGGCGCCGAGCCCCUGGGCCGGGCGCUGAGGCGGGCCCCACUGGGCAGGGCCCGGGCCGGGCUGGGGGGGCCGCCCCUGCUACUGCCGUCCAUGCUGAUGUUCGCGGUGAUCGUGGCCUCCAGCGGGCUGCUGCUCAUGAUUGAGCGGGGCAUCUUGGCCGAGAUGAAGCCCCUUCCCCUGCACCCCCCCAGCCGCGAGGGCGCGCCCUGGCGCGGGACGGGCCCGGGGCCUGGGAGGCUGACCGUGGACGCCGCGGACUCGGACUUGCAGGUGCGGCAGGACGUCCAGAACCGCACCUUGCGAGCCGUGUGCGGACAGCGGGGCAUGCCCCGGGACCCCUGGGACCUGCCGGUGGGGCAGCGGCGCACCCUGCUGCGCCACAUCCUCGUGAGUGACCGCUACCGCUUCCUCUACUGCUACGUCCCCAAGGUGGCCUGCUCCAACUGGAAGCGGGUGCUGAAGGUGCUGGCAGGGGUCCUGGACAGCGUGGACGUCCGCCUCAAGAUGGACCACCGCAGUGACCUGGUGUUCCUGGCUGACCUACGGCCGGAGGAAAUCCGCUACCGCCUGCAGCACUACUUCAAGUUCCUGUUUGUGCGGGACCCCUUGGAGCGCCUCCUUUCUGCUUACCGCAACAAGUUUGGCGAGAUCCGAGAGUACCAGCAGCGCUAUGGGGCUGAGAUUGUGAGGCGUUACAGGGCCGGAGCUGGGCCUAGCCCUGCGGGAGACGAUGUCACCUUCCCGGAGUUCUUGCAAUACCUGGUGGACGAGGACCCUGAGCACAUGAACGAGCACUGGAUGCCCGUGUACCACCUGUGCCAGCCUUGUGCUGUGCACUACGACUUUGUGGGCUCCUACGAGAGGCUGGAGGCCGAUGCCAACCAGGUGCUAGAGUGGGUGCGGGCACCACCCCAUGUCCGAUUCCCCACACGCCAAGCCUGGUACCGGCCAGCCAGCCCUGAGAGCUUGCACUACCACCUGUGCAGUGCCCCACGGGCUCUGCUGCAGGAUGUGCUGCCGAAGUAUAUCCUGGACUUCUCCCUCUUUGCCUACCCUCUGCCUAAUGUCACCAAGGAGGCCUGUCACCAGUGAGCGUGGGUACGGGGCUAGCAGCCAGUGGGGACUGGUUUCAAUAGUGACAGUUUCUUGUGCUGAGAAACCCUAGCUCUGAGGCUUGGGGUUUCUCCAGAUGCCCAGAUGGCAGGGACUGCUCUUAGAAGUUCCUUGCCCAGGGUAGGUGCCCACAGUGGAUCAGAGGACAGGGCUGGGCAAAAAGCCUGGUGCACCUUAUUGGGUGGCCUCUUGGGGCUGGUGUGAUUCUUCUUGCCCUGGCAGGGCUAGACACUAGUUUGCCAAUGAAGCAAUGCACCUGCUCUAAAGACUGGCUCCAGGCCCCAGGCCGCAGGGCUUGUGCAGUCCACUUGGUCUACCUGUGGCCAAACCCAUAAAAGCAAACCCAUAGGUGGCCCUAAUUAGAAGCACAAUCAGAGCCAGGGACCCUAUGGCUUGAUCUCCUAUUCAUCCACCGAUGGUGCUCCUCAGGGCUGAGGUCAGCACUAGUGCCUUAUAAAUGCCUAUUCUGCCCUCCUGCUCCAGACUCAGAAUUUCCUGCAUCUGCCAGGUUCAUUCCAUUUUUCCAUGGAAAGAAAAACAGGCAAGGCUGUUGCCUGGUAGCUUCAGGAGCCAGUCCUGCAGGCAUCCAAAGACCCCUCUGUCCCACUCUUCCCAGGUCUCUGAAACCCUUCUCCCUAACUCCCCUACCCCACAAGGCCUUUGAGAGUAACUGUGGCUGGUACAUCUGACUGCCACUUUUCUGAUGCAUUUAUUUAAAAUUUGUACUUUUUGGUAGAACGUUUGUGAGGGCUUUUUUGUCUUAAUAGCUGGAUUUUUAAUAAAGCUGUUUUGUAUACAAA